GUUCAUAAUUAAUUAGUUAACAAAGUAGUAACUCCCUAAUCAGACUUUCGGCGAGGCAAGGCCGAUUUCAAUAAUCCUUGCCUCCGCCGUUAUCACACACAAAUUAUUAAAAAUCUCUCAUCUAAUUCUUACUUUGUAUUAAUUAAUUAGUAUUAUUACCGUAAUUAAUGGCGGUAACCAUGUAUAGGCCUUUGUUUGUAUCAACUGGAAGGGAAGAAGAAGAGCUUCAAGGAAACGUUACCUACUUAAUAUCGCCAUCUUCUUCGUCGGGCGAGUCAUUAUCGGAGGAGGACAAAUUGCAAUUGCUGCAAGAUUUGCCGGUGGCGGCAGCAGCGGCGGCCGCGUGGAAGAAGAGGAAGCGGACGAUGUCGAAGCAGCUGUCGAUGAUUAAGACGGAAUGCGAAUCGGAGACGCCGCGGGACAUAGCGUGGGAGAGGCGGCGAAGGCAGAUUCAGACGCAAGAGCAGAGGCGGAACAGUAGCGGCAGCAUGCACGACGUGGACGAGGUGACGGACGAGGACCUUAAUGAGCUGAAAGGCUCCAUUGAAUUAGGGUUUGGAUUCAACGAAGAAGAUGGCCAGACACUUUGCAACACGUUGCCGGCUCUAGAUCUUUAUUUCGCCGUGAACCGCCAAGUUUCCGGUAGCACGGCGUCAACCCCUCGGAGCAUCUGCUGCCAUAGUCGUCGCUCUUCCUUUGGCAGCCCCGGCGUCCCUGUUGAUUCCGAUUCUUGGAAGAUUUGUAAUCCAGGGGAUGACCCUAAACACGUGAAGACAAAGUUAAGGCAUUGGGCUCAAGCGGUUGCUUGUUCUGUUAUAAUGCAAACUCAUUAAAUAAAGUCUGGAAUGGGAUGAAUCCAUGCGUGCUUUGAAUUUGU